AUGUGUGCGGCAUGCUGCUUCGAUCACACCUGCAGGCAUUUUUAUCCGAAGACUACAGUUCCAGCCGCCUCAGACCAACAUCCGGCUGGAUUCAAAACCUUGAGGGAAGCCUUUCGCUGGCCAGAUGUUUUUUUGCAAAAGGUGGCAAAGCAUUAUGGCACCCCGUGGCUGUGUAAGAGGUUACGCUUGUGGCGGUGGACGUUUUCGUCCGCCUUUUCCGGUGUUGGAGCACCAGAAUCUGCCGUGACCAGCUUGGAAGCGGCUGCGGGCAUCUUCCUGGAGUCCGCCGGAGCCCGGAAACCGGUGCAUCGGAAGGUUCUCUUCGAGUUCACUUGCGAGAUUGAUCCCCACUGCAGAAAGGUCCUCAUGAACACUUACCAGAGUCCAUGCAACUGGCCUGACAUCACAUCCUUUAAUCCAGCAAGAAAGACUCAAUACUGCAGCACCCACCAGAAGAUGUGCCCGGUGCAGAAAUAUCAUGUACGGAACCGACUGCGAGUCAAUGCAGCCGGUCCAAUUUGCACUCUCUUCAGCAGAAUGGGACGCCGAACUGGUACUGACGAUCCCCGUUUUGUGACCCACAGCAGCUACUACGAUUCCAUGAAACAAAUAUCUGACAUCAUGAUCAUUGAGAACGUUCCAGAGUACUCGGAAGAAAUCGCUCGUCAACACCUAGUUGGAUGGAGCACGGAAUCUGUGGUUGUGGAUCCCAGAGUGCUUGGUGUCCCCGCCUCGCGGGCAAGGCUGUACAUACUGGCCUUCAAUGAGGCCACCGUGAAGCGACGCCGUGACGUGUGUUUUGGAUGCACUGCCUUGUGUUGCAAUAAACACCUAAUGACAACAAAGAGUCACUGGUCUGGGGUCGGUUUUAAAAGCAACCAAGUCUUCCAGGUCGUUGCAAGGAAUUUGGCUGACUAUCGACGACUGAAGACCGUCCGAUUUCCUGACAUGUCGCAGUAUCCACGGAACGGGAGGGGCCGAGGGGAGUGUGCUGACAAGACCUUGUGCACCCUAACCACAUCUACGAAGCUAUUCAGUGAGGACAAGAAGCGCUUUGUGUCUUCGAAGGAACUUUUGUCAUCCCACAUAUUGCCGACUACACUUGACCAGAGCCGGAUUUGCAGUGCGCCGGCCUUGUGUUUAGACGGUGUUUCUACUGGCCAGCAGUCAAAGAUGGCUGGUAAUUCUAUGAAUUCUGUUUGUGUUGGAAUGGUCCUUUUAGCAGCAUGCCUGUCUCUAGAGCCCAAAUGA